AUGGCGCCUCCCAAGUUCAUGGGCCUCAGUGGCAGGCCCUUGUCGUUGGCUGUAUCAACGGUCGCGACAACGGGUUUCCUGCUUUUCGGAUAUGAUCAAGGUGUCAUGAGUGGAAUCAUCAGCGCCAAGGCGUUCAACGACAUGUUCGAGGCUACGAGAGAUAACUCGACUAUGCAGGGCACAGUGACUGCCAUAUACGAGAUCGGCUGCCUUUUCGGCGCCAUGUUCAUGCUCUCCUUCGGGGAUCUACUGGGCCGACGCAAGGGUAUUAUCUUGGGUGCCGUUGUCAUGAUUCUCGGGGUUAUCAUCCAGGUUACCGCGCAAUCCAAUGCCACACCUCUCGCACAGUUUAUCGUAGGACGAGUAGUCACAGGUGUCGGAAACGGUCUCAACACUGCGACGAUCCCAACCUAUCAAGCUGAAUGUAGCAAGACGACCAACCGAGGAUUGCUGAUCUGCAUCGAGGGUGGUGUCAUCGCUUUUGGUACUCUGAUCGCAUACUGGGUUGACUACGGUUGCUCCUUCGCCAGCGCUGACAUGAGCUGGCGCUUCCCCAUUGCCUUCCAGUGCAUCUUUGGCCUUGUCGUCAUGACGAUGUUCUUCCUCCCAGAGUCGCCACGUUGGCUGCUCACACACGAGAGAUACGAAGACGCCGAGAGGGUCAUUGCUGCUCUCCGUGGGUACGAGCAGAACAGCCAAGAGACUGCCUGGGAGCGUGACAUUAUUCUGGAUUCCAUCCGCGCCAGUGGACACGUCGGUCAGAAGAGCACCCCGUACAGAGCUCUGUUCACCAACGGAAAGACCCAGCACUUCCGCAGAAUGUUGCUUGGAGCCAGUUCGCAGCUCAUGCAGCAAGUUGGCGGUUGCAACGCAGUCAUCUACUAUUUCCCCAUCCUUUUCGAGACCUCGAUCACUCCCGGCGAUCACAACUUGGCAUUGCUCAUGGGUGGAGUCAACAUGAUUGUGUACUCGAUAUUCGCUACUGCCUCUUGGUUCUUGAUUGAACGGGUUGGACGAAGAAAGCUUUUCCUCUGGGGAACUGUUGGACAAUGCGUUUCCAUGGUUAUCACUUUCGCUUGCCUGAUUCCCGGUAGCCCGGCGGCGGCAAAGGGUGCUGCUGUAGGACUCUUCACCUACAUUGCAUCGUUCGGUGCCACCUGGCUGCCUCUGCCGUGGCUGUACCCCGCCGAAGUCAACCCCAUCAAGACCCGUGCAAAGGCCAACGCUGUCAGUACCUGCACGAACUGGCUUUUCAACUUCCUCAUUGUCAUGGUCACACCCAUCAUGGUCUCGAACAUUGGCUGGGGAACAUAUCUGUUCUUUGCCAUUGUCAACGCCUGCUUCCUUCCCAUCAUCUACUUCUUCUACCCUGAAACCGCUGGUCGAUCCCUGGAGGAGAUCGAUAUUAUCUUCGCCAAGGGCUUUGUCGAGAAGAUGUCCUACGUCCAGGCUGCCAAGGAGCUGCCUCUCCUGACGGAAGAGCAGGUCGAACAGGAGGCUAUCAAGUACGGCCUGAUCGACACCGCUGCACACGGAGGUGGUUUGAAGGGCGUCGAUGCUGGUACCGUCCACAAUGCUCCCAGUGAGAAGGAGGAUGAGAGCACCAGCCAGAGCAGAGAAAAUGUUGUGGAAGAGGGCCCAUUGGGCACAAGUGAGAAGGCCAACCGCUAA